CCUACGGGAGUAGUGCUCCUAACAGUUUGAUCAAUCUUAGCAACGGGUCCGUGAAUAAUUACAUGAACAUGGAGCAAUGGACCACCGGCCUCUUUGACUGCAUGCAAGAUCCCUCCAACGCCUUCAUCACGGCACUGUUUCCGUGCAUAACUUUCGGGCAGAUCGCAGAUGUGCUCGACAAUGGCCACACGAAUUGUGUUACCAGCGGAAUCAUCUACGCCUUCUCGCCUUGUAUACUGUCCCGGCCAUACCGUGCGAAACUGAGGCGGAGGUUCCGGUUGCUCGAGAUCCCGACCUCGGAUUACAUCGCCCAUUCGUUAUUUGAGCCUUGUGCUCUCUGUCAAGAAUACCGCGAGCUUAAAAACCGUGGCAUUGACCCGGCGCUUGGAUAUCAUGGUAAUCUGGAGAAACUCCAAAACCAACAAGGUGGUUCUCCGGCAAUGAUGCCGCCCAAGAACCAGGCGAUGACUACCUAGUUAGGAGUUUUCGUCGAACGAAGAUCAUGUAAUAUUGGAAGUUUAUCAUGCCCAAGGCAAUCUGCUCCGGUUCUCUGUACUCAUCGUUC